AUGUUAGCAUAUGUACCAUCAAUGCGUAUAUCAGCAAAAGAUGCAUUAGAUCAUCCAUGGAUAAAAAGUACAGAUGUUACUGCUAAGGAUAGUAUUAAUCUUCCUUCUCUUGAGAGUACUAUACUUAAUAUCAGGCAGUUCCAGGGUACACAGAAGCUUGCUGCUGCUGCUCUGCUGUACAUGGGGAGUAAAUUAACAACAAAUGAGGAGACAGACGAAUUGAAUAAAAUCUUCCAGAAGAUGGAUAAGAAUGGAGACGGACAACUCGAUAAACAAGAAUUAAUGGAGGGUUAUGUUGAAUUAAUGAAGCUAAAAGGAGAAGAUGUUUCUGUAUUAGACAAGAGUGCAAUUGAGACAGAAGUUGAACAAGUUCUUGAGGCUGUAGACUUCGAUAAGAAUGGAUUUAUUGAAUAUUCAGAAUUCGUGACGGUGGCAAUGGAUAGAAGAACUCUGUUAUCAAGACAAAGACUUGAAAGAGCAUUCGAGAUGUUCGACUCGGAUGGAUCAGGAAAAAUCUCCUCCUCUGAAUUAGCUACUAUAUUUGGUGUAAGCGAGUUAGACUCGGAGGCAUGGCGUCGCGUAUUAGCAGAAGUUGAUCGAAAUAAUGACGGAGAAGUUGACUUUGAGGAAUUUCAGCAAAUGCUUCUUAAAUUAUGUGGUAAUACUGCAGCAGAAUAA